AUGGGGACCCAAGUGAAGCCCGUGGUGAAGACAUCGACGAUGGAGCAGGAGCUACAGGACGAGGUCAUCGCCGUCGCCCAAGUCGCUAUGAGCACCGAGACGAACGAGCAGGAGAUUGCUGCCAAGGUCAAGCAGCACUUUGAGCAGAAAUAUCAUGGGCUAUUGUGGCAUUGCUGUGUUGGGCGCAAUGUUGCGUGCUAUGUGACUCAUGAGCAAUCCAAGUUCCUCUACUUCUACAUCGGCCAAAUGGCUGUCGUGCUUUUCGCCACCGCCUAA